AACCCAGUUCCCCUCCCUAUCUAAAAACAUCUACACAGUCUCUCCCUCCAUUUCUCUCCUUCUCCCUCUGCAGCCAAACCAUGGCAAUGGCAUCAUCGACCCUAAUAACUCCCACCUCCAAACCAACACCACUCUUUCCCAUCAAACCCAAAUCCACCACCACCAUCGCCGCCGCUUAUCAACCUCGCCGCCGGGAAUUCUUAUCACUAGCCACGAUUAUCCUCUCUCCGGCAUGUCUCUUUCCGGUCACUCCAGCGCUGGCUGCUUCAGACGAAGAGUACGUGAAAGAGACGGAAGAAGUAAUCACCAAGGUGAGAAGCACCAUCAAUAUGGACAAGAAUGACCCUAAUGUGGCUGCUGCGGUGGCCGAGCUGAGAGAGUCUUCCAAUUCUUGGGUGGCCAAGUACCGGAGGGAGAAAGCUUUGCUUGGCAGGGUUUCCUUCCGGGACAUAUAUUCAGCAAUCAAUGCCGUUUCCGGUCAUUAUAUCAGUUUCGGCCCAACGGCACCGAUACCGGCGAAGCGUAAGGCGAGGAUACUGGAAGAGAUGGACGCUGCGGAGAAGGCCUUGUUGAGAGGAAGAUAAACAGGGACUCGUUAAUGCAGAGAAGCAUUUUCUUUUUUCUUCUUUUAGGGUUUUUUUUUUUUUUUUUUUGAAGAUCCCGUUUUAAGUAAUUGAGUUUUUACAUUGUUCGAA